AUGGCGAUUUUGAAAAGGAAUCGAUACCAGCAGUGUUUGCUGUGUUUUGUUUUGUUUAUUCAACUAUCAGGUGUUUUUUGUUUCAGUGAGCUCUCCUACAUCACAGAACCCAGUGAUGUUGUAGUAAUAACCAGGAAUCCAGUGACCCUGGACUGUGUGGCCCACGGUCAGCCUCCCAUCACCAUCAGAUGGCUGAGGAAUGGAGUCAGGGUAGAGGAGAGCGAACGACUACAGAUCCUGUCCAACGGAUCACUGUACAUACCUGAGGUCAGGAGAGACGGGGAGGAGUCAGACAAAGGGUUCUAUCAAUGCCUCUCUCAGAAUAGAUAUGGAGCCAUAUUAAGCCAAAGAUCCCGACUGACUAUCACAAAUAUCUCACCGUUCGUGGUGCAUCCUGUGCUUUUGGAGGUGACUGAGGGUUCCGUGGCCAGGUUCACCUGUCAGGUGACCUCUAACCCUCCUGCCAGCGUGACCUGGGAGCUAGACCAAAGCACACUACCGCUGGAGACAGACAGAAUCACAGUCCUGCCCAACGGAGUUCUCCAGAUCCACAACGUCCAGCUAGAGGAUGCUGGGAAGUACCGCUGUGUGGCCAGAAAUAUCGGCAACCGCGUCAACAGCAGCGAGGCAACGCUCUCCGUUAUCAAACCAGGUGUCGGCCCUAAGCCCCGUCAGACGCCCCGGAUCGUAGCGGGCCCCCAGAAUGUGACGGUGUCCCUCCACCACACUGUGGUUCUGGAGUGUAUCGCUACGGGCAACCCCAGACCCAUCAUAUCCUGGAGCCGAGCCGACAGUAAACCCAUUGACGUGUACAAUGCCAGGGUGCUGGGCAGUGGGAACCUCUUGAUCAGUAAUGUGAAGCCUCAGCACAAUGGGGUCUACAUCUGUAGAGCCUCCACACCAGGAACUCGUAACUACACCAACGCUGCUGCCAACCUCACCGUGUUCGAGCCUCCGUCCAUGGUGGAGAGGCCAGAGAGCCAGACUCGUCCCAGGGCUGGCACUGCCCGUUUCAUGUGCCAGGCUCAGGGUGUGCCCCCACCUCGCAUCACCUGGCUGAAAAAUGGAGAGGAGGUGCACCUGAACGGCAGGAUCAAGAUGUACAACAGUAAACUGGUGAUCACUCAGAUCAUCCCGGAGGAUGAUGCCAUCUACCAGUGUGUGGCGGAGAACGAGCAGGGCAGCGUUCUGUCCCUGGCACGCCUCAUCGUGGUGAUGUCUGAGGAUCGGCCCAGUGCGCCCAGGAACAUCCACGCUGAAACCAUCUCCUCCUCAGCCAUCCUACUGGCCUGGGAGAGACCCAUCUACAACGCUGACAAAGUCAUUGCUUUCUCUGUACACUACAUGAAAGCUGAGGGACUAAACAAUGAGGAGUAUCAGGCAGUGAUUGGCAACGACACGACCAGCUACAUCAUAGAUGACCUGGAGCCAGCCUGGAACUACUCGUUCUACAUGGUGGCCUAUAUGCCGGUGGGAGCUAGCCGUAUGUCUGACCAAGUCUGUCAACACACUCUGGAGGACGUGCCUCUACGUACCCCAGAGCUCAGUCUGACCAGCCACAGCCCUACAGACAUCCAGGUGUCGUGGCAACCCCUGUCCACCAAACUGUCCCGUGGUAACAUCUGGGCCUACCGACUCUCCUACCGCACGGCCGCAGACGCCACGGUUUUGUCUGUGGAACUGGCCCAGAACAACACCCAGUACCUCCUCGGUGAUCUUCAGCCUGAUACCAUCUACCUUCUCCGGAUCUCUGCAGCCACCAGGGUGGGGUGGUGUGAACCCUCCUCCUGGACCUCCCACCGCACUCCCAAAACCUCCAGUAAUAAAGUGCCACCUGCCCCACUGCUGCAGCAACUGGAGCCUCUCAACUGCACCACCAUCUUGGUUCGAUGGCAGCCAUCUCCAGGCUCCGUGGUCGUCCAGGGUUACCGGCUCUGUUACCAUGAGGAGGGCCAACCAGAACAGCCCUCCAUCCAGCUCCAGCCGGAGGACACAGAAUACACCAUCAGUGGCCUGGACCCAAGGAGGAAGUACCACGUGAAACUGUUGGCAUUAAGCCUUGUAGGAGAUGGUUACCAGGCCGACCAGACACUCAGCACCCCAGGAUGUGUAUCUGUACGAGAUCACCCUCCAGCCCCGGACCAUGUGAGUGCGGUGGCUAACAGCUCGUCAGCGGUGUACCUGCGUUGGAGCCGUCCUGCCUUCGCCUCUAGGAAGGCUGUCAGCUACACAGCUCGCUGCACGCCUGUGGGCCUGGUGAACGCAUCAGCCAUACGCUACAUACAGACUACCAACCAGAGUGUGCUGAUACAGAGCCUGGACUCCAACACUCGCUAUGAGUUAGUGGUGCGUCUCCAUGUCGACCAACUGGCCAGUCCAUGGAGCGUGGUUGUCUUUCAGAGGACUCUACCAGCAGCGCCCAGCCACCCUCCCGAAGGUGUGAGGGUGUCUCUGAUUGAGGACGGCACAGCCCUGGUUUCCUGGAGAGAACCAGAGGAGAACAACCUGGCAGUGACGCACUACACCAUCCUGUACGCCUCACAGAGGGCCUGGCUGGCCGGAUACUGGCAGACACUGCAGAAGGAGGGAAGUAACACCAUGGCCCUGCUGGAGCGUCUGGAGCCUGGUAACGUCUACCUGGUGAAGAUCUCUGCCUCCAACCAGGUGGGAGACGGGCCCUUCUCUACUACUGUGGAGCUGGCCCUGGGGCCUGGGUCUAGACACCGAGGGAAGAGCCCCAGGCACUCAGGCAGCGGCUCCUCCUCAGACACCACAGUGUUCUCUGACGGCCUGUACCACACGGAGCAGAAUUCCAUGACAGGGAUCAUCGUGGGGGUCUGCAUCGCUCUGGCCUGUAUAGUGAUGUGUACCAUCAUCCUCAUCAGCAAAGGCAGAUCCAGGAAAUCUUCCAUCUGUAAGAUCAUGGACGUAGUGAACGGUGAGGGAACACAUGGUCCACAUACUGGUUUGGCCCUGGCCAAUGAACACCAGGCUGAGAACAUAGAGGCCCUGAUGCCCAUGAUGGCCCCUCACUUCAUUGAUGCCAAGGGUGGGACAAACCUGGUGAUUACAGGAGCCGGCCCGGUCUGCGGUAUCAACCGCAGUAAGAGAUGGCACUUUUUUAAGAGGGAGAGAUACAAUAGAACUAUAAGCCAGGCUGAGAACAGAGCACGUCUGUACGAGGCAGGGAAGACCGUUCUGUGUUACGAGGAGAAGGAAGGUGCGCCUCUCCAGCCCUCCAGCCUGCAUAUCCUGUUCGGGCCACUAGGGGACUUGGAGAGCUCCGGGGGCUUCAGUGAGGCAAACAGCUCUGGAACUACUGAGACCAGCGACGGAAGUCGGGAGACAGGAGACUCUGGUCACUACUCCAACGAAGAGAUAAGCAAUGAGAUGAGCAACCCGUCCACCGCCACCUCAGACCGUAACUCCAGGCCUCCGUCCUUCGGGUCGGAGUUGGAUGACAGCCCAACUCCAGAGACGGAAGAAGAAGAAAAGCCUGGUUUUAAAGUGGAAUCUGAGGUGACGCCACCAAGACCUCCCUACCGUCUCCACCAGCCUGGUCAUGACACUGUCCAGCAUCCCUGUUCCCUCUCGGCUGAGGAAGCUGUUUAUCCUGCCCAGGCCACCGUCCAGCAUCCCUGUUCCCUCUCGGCUGAGGAAGCUGUUUAUCCUGCCCAGGCCACCGUCCAGCAUCCCUGUUCCCUCUCGGCUGAGGAACCUGCUUAUCCUGCCCAGGCCACCGUCCAGCAUCCCUCACGGCCCUGUUCCCUCUCGGCUGAGGAAGCUGCUUAUCCUGCCCAGGCCACCGUCCAGCAUCCCUCACGUCCCUGUUCCCUCUCGGCUGAGGAAGCUGUUUAUCCUGCCCAGGCCACCGUCCAGCAUCCCUCACGGCCCUGUUCCCUCUUGGCUGAGGAAGCUGCUUAUCCUGCCCAGGCCACCGUCCAGCAUCCCUCACGGCCCUGUUCCCUCUCGGCUGAGGAAGCUGUUUAUCCUGCCCAGGCCACGGCCCAGUCAGCACCCUGGUGAUAGGUUACCCAACCUGAAUGCGGCUUAUUUUCAGUUGAAGCAGCCCACCUUUCUCGCUUCUUUGCCUCCUGAAAUAGGUCCUUGGGCAAGGAACAUACAGUUACAUAGAGGGAUCAGGAAGUUUAAGCUGUAAGGAGGAAAUGGCUUCAGGUCUACCUCAAGAUCUUUGUAAUGAAUGGUGUUGUUUUCCUGUUUCAUUUUCAUCUUAUUUUCAGUCUGUCUGGUUUCUGUCUUUGUGUCAGGUCUUUAGGGAUGAUUUCUUAGACACCAACCUCAGCGGGGGUCGGAGACAACCGGAUGCAUCCGGUUUUCAAUGGGGAACUGGAAAGAGAGACUUCUGCUUUAGGACGUUAACAAGUCGACAUUCCAUCUUAACUCCUCCUCCACAUUUACAGGAUUGGUUGAACAGUGUAGAA